GAACAUGACGCCACUAGUGGUGUCUUCACCAAUGAAUUCAAUUGCUCUCCAUGACUCCCCACUCCCUAACAAGUUUGCUUCAUUCCAAAAUAAAAUAAUGGCAAAUAUAUUUUGUCAUUUCUGGUGCAUCAUACCCUUAGCCUUUUUUUUUUUUUUUUUUUUCAAAUGUCUUACUCAAUUUCAGUCUGUUAACAGCUAAGCUUCACCGCUUGCCGAUAACCGCAUCACUAUAAAAAAAAUGGGGAAAAAAAAAGUUAAGCUGCCGGCGAAUGAAGUUGACAUGGCAAAAUGAAUAUUCUAUUUUUUGCUUAAUUGCAGCUAUUAUAUGUGCAAAUAUGUUUGCUAUGUGCAUACCUUGUUAUUCACUUAUUCUCACAGGAGCUUUGUAAGUCUUAUAUAGGUUGUUAGCAUGAUGUAAAUAUUGUAUAUUAAUGUAAUCAUAUAUUGUUCUAUAUUGGUGUAAUUACAUAGAUUUGAUUUAGUAGUUAAAGAGAAUAAUAGUGACUUUAGUAAGAGCAGAUUUGGUGGGAUAGAAUAGCGGAUUUAGAGGGAUAGAAAAGCUGAUCUUUAGCAAUAGGAAAACGGAUCUUUAGGGAUGUAAUCAUUGAAUAUUUUCUAUUUAAUGACAAGACUCUCAAUAUUGAGAGGCAUUCAGCAGAAAAUUGACAUGGUAUCAAAGCCUUCUCUUGGCUGUCUUGUUUCAUAGAGUUCAUUUGUGGUUUCUUUCAAUCUUUUUGGAAAAUUUUGGUUUUUGUUGAUUGUUCCUCGGCAAUUAACACCUUGGUCAUUUUGGUUAUUUUUUUUGAGUCAGUGUUUCUAGUUUUCAUAAAUAUGACUUCAUAUCAGUUUGAAUCAUUCAGUGUUCGUUUCACUGGAAAGAAUUUCUUAUCAUGGGAGUUUCAGUUUCAGUUAUUUGUCACUGGAAAAGAACUAUGGGGCCAUAUAGAUGGAGCCGAUCCUGCUUCUACUGAUCCUACAAAGUUAGGUGAAUGGAAGAUUAAAGAUGCUCGGGUGAUGACAUGGCUUUUAGGGUCAAUUGACCCUCUUAUUGUUCUUAAUCUCAGGCCUUACAAGACAGCUAAAGCCAUGUGGGAUUAUUUACAAAGGGUUUACAAACAAGAUAAUAAUGCCCGACGCUAUCACUUAGAGUAUGAAAUUGCUAAUUACUCUCAAGAAGAUCUUUCUGUUCAAGAUUAUUUUUCUGGAUUUUAGAACUUAUGGGCUGAAUUUACAGAUAUUGUUUAUGCCAAAAUACCGGCCGAAUCUCUCUCUGUAGUUCAACAAGUUCAUGAGCAAAGCAAGCGAGAUCAAUUUUUUGAUGAAGUUAUGCUCCGAGUUUGAGACUGUUCGCUCCCACUUGAUGAAUCGUGACCCGUCAAAGGAAUUACUUCGGGAAGAGUAGUGUUUUGUCACACAAAAUGCUUUCAAGUAAGUUGAUAAUAUUAUUGUUGCAUUUGCUGCCCAAGGUAAAGGAAAGGGUAGGGAUAUGAUUAGAACUCAAUGCUACAGUUGCAAGGGAUAUGGUCAUAUUGCUAGCAAUUGUGGCAGAAAGUUUUGUAAUUAUUACAAACAACAAGGACACAUUAUCAUAGAGUGUCUCACACGCCCUCAAAAUCGUAAGGUUAAUGCUUUUCAAGCUGGGACAAAUGGUUUCACUACUGAGAACUCAUCUUCGGGACAAGUUCUUACUCCUGAAAUGGUAAGACAAAUGAUCAUGUUAUCUUUUUCAGCUUUAGGGCUACAAAGUAAUGAUCUUGCAUCUAAUUUUUGGCUUGUUGAUUCUGGAGCUUCCAAUCAUAUGACCAACUCAUCUAGUAUGCUAAAAAAUGUUCGUAAAUAUCAUGGUCCAUCACAAAUUCAAGUUGCCAAUGGUAGUAAUUUACCCAUUACCAAGGUUGGGGAUAUUACUAAAACUUUCAAUAAUGUUUUUGUGUCACCAAAGCUCUCUACUAGUCUUAUUUCAGUUGGACAAUGGGUAGAUAACAAUUAUGAUGUGAAUUUUUCUCGUAAUGGUAGUCUUGUGCAGGAUCAGGUGUCGGCAACGGUAAUUGCGAAGGGGCCUAAAGUUGGACGAUUGUUUCCUAUACACUUUUCCAUUCCUCGUGUUCUAUCAUUUGCUUGUACUUCUACACCUAGUAAGACUGAGUCGAUCAAACAAGAAUCUAUUCCGGCCGUACCGACAUGGCAAGUGAAGGAGGGAAAUGCCGAAGUGAAGUUGCUGCCCAAGCUUGUGUAG